CGUACGCUACUCGCAGUCGUGUGGACUACACGGAGCCAGGAUGAUGGCGACAGUGCAAUCCCAGCAACAUUUCUUCGAAGGCGCAGAAAAAUUGUUGGAAGUUUGGUUCGCUUCUAACGAUGGCACCGAUCGGGAUCUGCGAACCAUCGAUAGAUCAGAGUGGGUGAAACUUCUGCGUGUGGUUCGCUGUGAAAUCAUCAGUGUUACCUCCAAUAAAGACAUGGAUGCAUAUGUGCUUAGCGAAAGCAGUAUGUUUGUGACAAAGGAUCGCUUUAUCCUGAAGACGUGUGGAACAACAACACUUCUAUCUGCUGUGGACUACCUACUGGAUUUGGUCAAAAAGAAAGUUGGCUUUGACAAAGUGGUUGAUAUCUUCUUUUCAAGGAAGAAUUUCUCUCGUCCCGAAUUGCAACAUUGUGUUCAUCAGAAUUUUGAAAACGAGGUGCAGCAGCUGGACAAAAUAUUCCCAAAUGGAUCAGCAUACACUUUAGGACGCAUCAAUGGAGACUGUUGGUACCUCUACACUUUAGAAGAUGAAGGUGUCACUCACCCAGAUCAAACUUUCGAGCUUCUCAUGUGGGACAUGUGUCCAGACAAAAUGCGCAUCUUCACUCAAGAAGAAUGCAAAUCAGGCGAAGAAGCCUCACAGAAAUCUGGUAUUGCGGACAUCAUUCCAGGCAUAAAGAUUGAUGACUUCCUGUUUGACCCAUGUGGUUAUUCCAUGAAUGGCCUGCUUCCUGGUGGUUACUACAUCACUAUCCAUGUGACUCCUGAGCCACACUGCAGCUAUGUCAGCUUUGAGAGCAACGUACCCCAGGAAUCUUACCAUGAACUGAUUGACAAGGUUCUGGAUGUAUUCAGGCCUGGCAAGUUUUUGAUGACGAUCUUUGCCAACAAGGCAUCCAUUGCUCGAGACACUUACAAGACUCUUGAGAACCAGCAUACAAUGAAAGGGUAUCGUCGUCGGGACCACCAGUUCUGCUGCUUUAAGAACUACACUCUUACUUACACCCACUACACCAAGUUAUCGGAGGGCACCCAGUACUCCCGCCCCAUCAUUUAGGGGAAGGAGUGCAGGGGUCUCACAUGGGGGCUUGCCUGCAUUUUUCUGGCAUCACUGGCAGCAGAAGUGUCAGCGUUUCUUGUCUUUGCCACAUGGCGUGGCACGUUGUUUACCCCUACGACAUUCUCCUGCUGCUGUUUUGCCAUGCAAGCCCUCGAGACCUUUCUGCACACCCCAUGUGACCCAGCCUGGCAGGGUCGCCCGUCAGCGCUUUGUAGAUCCUAUGUUGCUCGUAGUUUGUUCUUUGUCUUGUCGUGUGCCCUUGUCUGUGUUUUUGUGGAAGUCUAGGAAAGGCAGAAAAAAGCAUAAAGUUAUGUGUUGCUACAUCGUUCGGAAACCUAGUUAAUAUGAUCAGGCAGGUUACAGAAGGGUUUGAGCCUAGUAAUUUCAGCCAUCAUUUGGUUGAGAUUUAAACAUCCAGUCAUGGGAAAGCUGUUGUGCUAUGUCACAACUGAAGGCAUGGGCAUCAAGAAGCAUUUUGAGGGUAGACUUGGCUAACCACUUCCAUCAGGUGAAACUUGUGGGAAGAACAGAGUUCUUUUCUGCCUGGAAAUGUUGUCAUACCUUUGUGCACUCUAUUUUGCUUUUAAAGUUUUAGGUGUUGUGUAGCUUUCACUGGCAUAGAUUCCUUAUAGGCUUUUAUGUCAUAAAAUAAGUACACUACCACAUUUCAUCAUUGGAAACUUAUGAGAAAAAAAUUAGUUCCAUAUAAAUUAACGGAGACUGCCAUGUGCUUUGGUAAGAUAUAAAGAGAAUGGUCGCUGUAUGGAAUUGGGCACUCUUUAGUUGGUAGUCCAGCAAUGUAUGGUCCCCUGAAACCUAGAGUAUGAGGAUACUCGAAUUAAGCCAUAGAUGAUGUAUUCCUUGAUGUCCUACUAUUCCUUUACUUCUCUGUUAUUGCUAUUUGCUUAAAAGCGUUCAUUCUUAGGGUGCAAAUAUAUAAAUUUGUAAACAAUCUGUUCUAGCUAUCUAGAGGUUCUGGGACCAUGUAUAUAUAUAACGUGCAUACAAGAUGCUAAAAUGUGCAGGCAGAUUUCAUUGUAUGCAAAUUGUGAAAAUGGUACCGUAUAUGUGGCUAUUUCCUUUUUGAUAAAGUUUUAUUACCAUAAGAAAUAUUGGCCAUAUCUUGCAAUGGAAAAAAAGUUUAGAGUAAUUUUAAUUAUGAUGUGAACUAUAACUAGGGAAAUUCAGUGAAUGAUUUUAGCUUUUUUUUUUUUUUUUUCAUCAGUCAGCUCAGAGUGGGAUGUUUGAAGAAAAGGCCGGCAUUUGCCCUUUACAUUGUAUUGCACACCGUCUCUUUAGUUAAACCAGAUGGCUACAUGGCAGUUUUCUAAAUUUUAUCAUUUUUGUAUGAUAUCACAGUAGUUUGCCACUUCCUAUGGCUUUAACUUUCAAAAGACUUGUUUAUUCUGGUGGUUUAUUAGUGCAAGGGCCCAGAGAAUAGUGUGUGCUAGAUUAACCAGGAUGAAUAAUGCCAUAGUUCCUGUUCGCACAAUGGAAUGCUUCAGAUUUCCAGUCAAGAAACCAAACAAAAAACCUGUUCGGUUGCUAGUGACCAUAGCAGGUAUUCUCUGUUGUUUGCUUGGCAUGUUUUCAGCUUGAUUUUAGUGGUUAUAGAAGUUUUGUGAAGUGCUUCUUGAGGUCGCAAUGUCUUUUUUUUUUUUUUUCUUGAGUUUGUCAGAACCCUUUUUAUACUGCUUUUAACACACACAGCAGUAAGAGGCUUUCUCCCUGUGAGAAUUGCACAGUACUCACGACAAACAUUUGCUUGAGCUCCAAAUAAAGAGGCUAGUCUUGCCCUUUUGCUGCUAAAUUCUGAGACUUUUAAUCUUCUUUCUAAAAACAAGUUGCCUAGCAAAAUGGACUUUAUUUUCAUGCUGGCAUUGUCCUAUGGCUCCUUGCAUAAGUUGUUACAGAAUUCAGUAUUCUUCUCCCCCAUCUUUUGGGGUUGUUACAAAGUAUGAGAAUUCAGUUUCACAUAUUACUCUGUUGACUGUAAGACCUCUGGAGCUGAAGCUGGUUUGGGACGCAUGUACUGGACAUGUGCACUGUGAGUAUGUGCUAAAGCCAGGCCUCAGAGCCUGUGAUAUUCUGGCGUCGCUGUUACGUCUGAUACAAAUUGUGACCAUAGUCAUCUAGGUUUUCGUACGAUGAAAGUGGGAGAGCUGUGCAACAAAGUUUGUUCAAGUCUUGGGGUAAUCACUAUUUACCAAAUGGGACAAUUUCCAGCUGCUGUUGGAGCUGUAAUAGCUUCAGCUUUUAGCAUGCAUCCAUACUUACACUUAAUCCAUACACUUAACAAGCAUGAGAGGAGGUGAAUUAACAUAUACACACAUUGUACAUGCAAGCACAUGGUUUGUGCCUAACACAAGAGGUAUAACAUGGAGGAAGGUCUGUAAGUGCCAUUUGGUUUUGAUUUUUAUGGUCUAUUUUCUCUUUUGUUUAACAUCUUUGAAUUCUAUUUCUGAGUCUUUAUUGUCUCCCCACCCUUCCCCAAUCACAACCCUACAAGUUUUUACACUUUUUUUUUUUUUUUUUUGUGUGUCUUCUUGCUGUCGCAUAUUUUGAUUGUUUAGUAACCAGGCUGUAAUCCUUUGAACUUACUCUUUUAUAUAAGUAAACGUAUCCUAGAAAAACAGACCAUUAUUAAAUACUUCACCUUUUGAGCAUAGUAGAAAGGUCAAGAAGUAUUGGUGAUAAUCAGCCAUAAUAUUCAGUCGCAAGACUGCUUGCUUAAGAGGUAUUUCGCUAUACCAUUAUCUGUACAAGUUUACACGGAUCUUGUAAUCAGCAUGUUAAGCUGCAUAUUCUAAGAAAUCUAACAAUUUGCUUUGGUUAUUGUACAAAAUUUUUAAGGCAAGUUCAGUGGGUUUUCUUUGGACAUUUGUAUUGACGCUAUUUACAUCAAACUUUUGUGAGGUCAGUGUGGUCAAGACUGAACCAUCAGAACAAAAUACAACAGUGAAUAUUUGAAAGAAAAAGCAUAUGAACAGCUAUAGGAGAUAAAUUGUUUAAAGACAGCAGCUAACAUGUCUGACAUCAAACUGUGCAGCUGUAUGCAUCAAGAAAGACACUGAAGUUGUAUCAUCCAUUUUUACAAUUUGUGGCUUCCUAGUGAUUGAUCAGUGAUUUUUCUUUGUGAUCUGCCAUCAUGAACUGUCUUUUUGCUUAUAUUAUCAGAAGGUUUCUGUAACUUUCUGCCAGGAUUAGGAUACCAGUUCAGGAAGUUUUUUUUUUUUUAUAAAGAUUAGUACUCUUUAAUGUACAGUGUGAUGCCUUUGAAAGAUGUUAUUUUUAAGUGCCUGAGUACCAUAUACUAGUCAACAUAUUUGUACUGUAAUUGAUAUGACCUAAAAUCAGACAACAAUUCACUGAUUUGAAAAUAGCACUUUCCAAAAAAUAAAAAUCUUGGAAGCGGUGAUUUUCAUAAGAACCUGUUUUAUUCACGUUUGUCAACAAUAAAUAAAUACUUGUACUACUGCCAUAAACAGCAAGGGGAUUGAGAAAACCAGUUAAAAGAUGAAAGACAGUAUUUGCUAACAUGCAAGAACCACAAUGCAUGGUGAAAUAGUCUUCAUCAUCCUUCAUCUUGCUAAUCACCCUGUGGUACAUUUGUUUGACCGUGGAGCCCAGAGAUCCUGUAUGGCAAGUGAAGCAAAAUUAAUGACACUUGCAAACUAGGGUUAAUAUUUAAAAACGAUUUGCCAAAUGUAUUCCUAGCUUUUUUGCAAUGCACAUGUGAGACAGGUGGCGGUGAUUACAUACACAUUGUUGUAUCUUCCUUAUGGGAGAUGGCUUGUUUCUGAAGAUUGUUACUUGAUCUACCUGUUAAUGGCAUGACGCACAUUGUAAAGGGACUGAAUUAUUGUGCCUGCAUCACUUCCCUCCCCUACCUCUUUCCUAUCAAUACCUUUUCCUUUCCCCUCCUUUCUAUUUUCCUUGGUUACUUUAUUUAUGAAACUUCUUUAAAGUGUUGGAUGAUGGAAAGAUCUAGAAAAAUUCAAAGAAAACGCAUGGCCAGUCUGGUGUUUAGUCAAGGACUUGCAAACACAUUUCUUCUUUACUAUCACCCUCAGCACAAUCUACAAGCACCCAGUUUUUUUUUUUUUUUUUUUUAAUGAAUUAAAAUCAGUCCUUUAAGAUUCACCUGUAUUGUAUUUUGAUCAUGUCCCUUGUCUAAUUACUGAUCAUUAUUGUAGCACAGCUUAAUUUGUAGAAUAUUUUAAAAAACAUUAAAAAUAAUAGAAUAUAUUGCUGUUUACUGACGUAGUCAUGAGUACUUGCUGGAAAUUCAGAAAGUGCAACCACAGGUGCACUUUCAAUCCACCUAAACACCAGGUGUGUUUUUACUUGAGCCACCAGAAAUUGUGGUAAGUUAACCUAAUAUCAGAAUUUUGCAUUUGUGUGUUGUGCCUGGAGAGUUUGCUGAUAGUUGAUAAUGAGAAGUGUAUCCAUCUAUUAGUGCUUUUAGCCCUAACCCCUCUGGGAAAAACUGUCGUACUUCAUCUGUCUACAGUUUUGUCCUAUUUUUUUCAAAUUUUAUUCUUCCAAAUGCACUCUCACAUUCGGCAAAUGGCAUUUUUAAGAAAUUGUGCCUCAGGUUCACUCAAAUGAACGUCUUUCAGAAUUGUGCAUUGUCUGAAGGUUUCCAGGUCAAUCUUUUUAAAAAAAAAUGGCAAAAGGGGACAGAUUGUUAAAUGUCCACCAGCAAGCCCUUCACUAUGCAUCAUGCCAGUUGUUUUUUUUUAAACGUAAUUUUUGUGUGUUAACAAAGGUGGAGACAGACUUUUGCAUGUCAACUGGAAAAAAAACUUCUCUUGUUGGAUGUUGAAUGUUUUUUUAUUUUUACAUUUAAUGUGCUUUUAUGGUAUUUUUUUAUUUUCUAGCUUUAAAAUAUGUGCUGCCAAAGCAGUCAGCUCUAGUCAUUUCUUUCCAAUAUUGGUUAUGGUCACAUCUUUUUUGUAUUUUUUCAUCUUUACCAACUUGAACAUUAUGGAGGUUUUAAGAAGCACAAAGAUAUGUUAGCUGCAAAUCUGUCUGUAUACAUUUCAUUGUAUUCAUUCUUGUUAUUUUUAUACAGUGGUGGACCAGAAUUCUGUACACUUUUUGAGGACCACAGUUGAGGUCUUAGUGUUUAAUAGAUCUGCAGACCAUUUUAACGGCUUGUUGAAAUAGGGGUAAACAUGGAUACAAGAUGUUCUGCGUGUACUAAUUAUUUGCAGUAAAUAGCAAAACAUUUCAAUCAAAAAAGAAAAAUUUGCAUGAAAAUCCCACAUUUAGUGCCAGCAAUUUUGUUAUUAUUAUUAAUGCUCAAACACUAUCACAUUUUUUUAACCAUGAUACAACACAGGCAAAGUAAAAUCUGACCUUUUGAUGGGAUGUUUUCCAUAAAUUAAUCUCCAUUGACCUAUAUGGCAAGCCUUUUUUUCUUUUAAAGGGGUGGCUUGUGGUUCCUUCCUGUUCCCCCGACUUCCUCUUUUAUCUUUAAAGUAUUUAAGUGUUCCUAACCAUGACAUUUUGUCUGCAUUGGGCGAACAAUCGUCAGUGUAAAAAAAAAAAAAAGAAUUAGCUUGUGCAUUGCUAUUUCAUCUUAGGCUUGAUUCUUUCUCAUGCAAGAUAUGUAUUUCUCUAUGAUCCUCAUCCUCAACUGCAUUUGGUGUUCAUUUCCCCUUCCCCCAAAUUAGUGAAUUUAAGUUACAGAGCCUACUAAGACAUGACAUUUGUUUAAAUUAACUUCUGAAAAAACUACUUAAGUGGAGAAUAUCGCAAGUGGUGUAAGAAUUACAAUUAAGGCCAAAUACAUUUUGGAAGAGGAGGGGCAGCAAGAGCAAAUUUUUUCCCCAGUGACCGCGCAAAAUGUAAAACAUUUGUUUCAGUUUCUAAUGCAGUUAAAUUUUUAUAAUUUUACAGCACCAAAUGUUUAUUUACCUGUCCAGAAACCAAGUGUAUCGAAGAUGAUUACAUCAUUAAACAGCUGUGUAUUACA